AUGGCAGUUGAACCGAUCAAUCCAUCUGAACUACCAAAAAUGCUCGAUGGGCUCAGAAAGGUGAAUAAAUCGUAUCCACUGCUUACGACUCGUGUCGAGGAAUCUGGCGAGCAUGUGAUGUUGGGAACUGGAGAGCUGUAUAUGGACUGUGUUAUGCAUGAUAUGAGAAAGGUGUUCUCAGAAAUCGACAUCAAAGUGGCAGAUCCUGUGGUGUCGUUCUGUGAGACGGUCGUUGAAACAUCCUCACUCAAGUGCUUCGCAGAAACACCGAACAAAAAGAAUAAACUAACGAUGAUUGCGGAGCCGUUAGAGAAGGGUUUGGCAGAGGAUAUCGAAGGUGAAGUGGUGCAAAUUGGUUGGAAUAGGAAACGGUUAGGUGAGUUCUUCCAAACGAAAUACGAUUGGGAUUUGUUAGCGGCGCGAAGUAUCUGGGCGUUCGGGCCGGAUACUACGGGGCCGAAUGUUUUGUUGGAUGAUACGCUGCCAUCGGAAGUUGAUAAGCAGUUGCUGGGCAGUGUGCGUGAAUCUCUCGUUCAAGGAUUCCAGUGGGCCACUCGUGAAGGACCGUUGUGCGAAGAACGUUCGUUUUUCUGUGGAAAUUUUUUUCACUUCUUGCAUUUAUGUGAUUUGUUAGGCAGCUUGGUGAAGUUUCAAAUGUGA